CGCCCGAACCCGAUGCCGGCGCGGCGGUGGGGAUGCGGGGGCGACCGUUCUCGAGCGGGCCCGACACUGCCAACGCUGACACCGCGCUCAGACAGUUGGCCGGCGACGUCACAAUCAGCCGGGUCAGGUAAACCACCCACCGGAACACAAAUACACAUACACACACACACACACUCUCUGUGCCACCGCCGAGCGCUCUCUCACUCCAAAAGGUGUGCUGCGUCCAUGCACCGCCGCCACCGGGAACCGCGAACGACCGCGACCACCGUUCCUCCAGGAAGCGCCGUCGCCGACGACGGCUCCAGACGUACAACGCGACCGUUGACCAGCACGUGCGAACGUUUGUUAGUGAGCUGUGAAUCCAUCGCCAUUUUGGACGAGAAAAAAUCGCCGGGUUUUGGUCCUUGAGUGUUUUGUUUUAAUUUCAUUUUUGAUUUGGUGAGUUCAUGUAUGGUACCCGGCCGCGACAACGGACAGAAGACGGCGACGCAGGAGCCAUCCCCGUCGCUAGCAGUGCACCAGUUCCUUCACUGAACAUUUCAACCCCCGUCUCGAAGUUGGUGCGUUAGAAACGCAUUGCAUAAUCAAUGACAGAAAGUGUGGCCAGGCAAUUCGAAAGAGAUGGGAAGUGAGCACUACUGCCUGAGGUGGAACAAUCAUCAGAGCAACCUGCUGGGCGUGUUCAGUCAGCUGCUGCGCGACGAGAGUCUGGUGGACGUGACUCUGGCCUGCUCGGAGGGCCACUCGAUCCGCGCCCACAAAGUCGUACUGUCCGCGUGCUCCUCGUACUUCCAGACGCUGUUCGUUGACCAUCCCAGCCGCCACCCCAUCGUCAUAUUAAAGGACGUACGCUUCGCCGAGCUGCGCACCCUCAUCGACUUCAUGUACAAGGGCGAGGUCAACGUCGAGUACUGUCAGCUAUCCGCUCUGCUCAAAACUGCCGAAAGCCUUAAGGUCAAAGGUCUCGCUGAAAUGACACGAGAUUAUAAAAUGGAACCGGAACAGACGGAACCGAAGGAACUUGUCGGGCGACGGCCAGCUUCGAGCCUCCAACAACCUGGUCACAACCAGUUGCCGAGACCUUCAUCACCCCUCGACGAUUCCGACGCCCAGAACUCGCCCGCCUCCUCCGUGCAGAACCUCCGCGUCUGCAAGUCGCCUUCUGACCGCGACAGGGAUAGGGACAGAGAUCGGGAUAGAGACAGUCUUAGUGGGAAGAGGCCGAUGUCGGAUGGGGACGUGUCACCAGGCAGCGACUGUGGUCCCAGCGACAUGAGCAUCCAUAAUAACAAUACCAACAACAUGCAGCACCAGCAGCAACAACUGCAAGCGUGUCCAAUACUGAAGACGGAAACGGUACCGCCGCCGACCCAAAAUCCGCCUGUCAUCUGCCACAGGCCGUCGUCACCGCUCAACUGCGAACCCCUACCUGGGCCCUCCAACAUGGCCCCUGUUCAACAAGUGCCUCUCAGUCUAAAAAAGGAAGUGGAUUGGGGUGGAGGAGAUGACAAAAACUCUGGAGAAAGCUCAUCAGACUACAUUAGACAUCCUCACGAUUCUAACGUCUUGGAGAGCGACCGAUGUAUAGGAUCGCCGGUGCUAGACCGUCCGUCGUCCACCCAGAGCAGCCGUUCGUCGACGCCGUUCGCGCUGCCAUUCCCCACGUUGCCCACGUCCCUUCUCGAAGUAGGCCUCAUGCAUCCGGCCCUCCUGGCCGCCGACGAAAUGUUCCGCUGCUCCUCUUGCAUGGCCGCCUUUCCCUCUCUAUGGCUCCUCGAACAGCACACUGCCUUACAACACAUCGGCUCCAUAGGAUCCAUAGACAAACCGUUCGUUUGCGAACAAUGUGGCCAGAGUUACCGCUACAGAUCCGCCUACGUGAAGCACAGAGAGCAGAACCACCGUGCCCGUCUACCGGCCGACAAACUAUUUUCCUGCGACGUCUGCGGCAUGCAGUUCCGGUACCUAAAGUCGUUCAAGAAGCACCGGCUCAAUCACGCAUUGGAGAAGUUGCACGGCAAGAGCAGCGAUUCUUCUACCAGGGAACCUAGGGAGCCGAAAGAGCGUGAGGGUGGUGUUUACAGCGAGACGACCAAGCAGACUAACAUGGAGAGCAGCGACCAGGUUUCCAGCUCCAAUGAGACGCUGACUGUUGAGGAGGACACGGGGACGAUUGUCGUCAAAAAAGAGAACAUCACCGAAGAGGCCGCUGAAGGCACCUCGUCGGACGCGGAACGCACAGAGGCUGAGCAGGACGACACCAUCGAUUCGAUGGCGGCAUUCCCGUUCGCGGCUUCGAACGCAGCCACUGCUGAUCUGCUUCGGACCGCACACGAAUCUUCGAUCAUCAACUUCUUGCGUGCCGACUCGGCCGAACGGCAACGCGAACGUCGUUUCGCCUGUCCAUUUUGCGGCAAAUGCGUGAGGUCCAAGGAGAAUUUGAAGCUGCACGUCAGAAAGCACACCGGCGAAAGACCGUUCGUCUGUCUGUUUUGUGGACGAGCGUUCGGGGGGAAGAGCGAUCUUACUCGUCAUCUACGCAUUCACACAGGCGAACGCCCUUACCACUGUGAUAUGUGCGGCAAGUGCUUCGCCAGGGCAGAUUAUCUUUCCAAACACCUGACGACCCACAUCAACACACCCCGCUGAUAUUGUCUCCACUGAGCGGAAGCCCAAGAAGAACCGCACGGAUCCAAUCCGUAGCCGUUGCUCUACACAUUGUUGAAGUUGUUGCGCUAUUAAAAUUUACCCGUCAAUGUUGUUCAAAGAAUACAUUCCACAUAUACACGACGAGUUUUAAGGCGAUGUUGACGGGUUUCGGGUUAUGAUUACUUGCAAAAUUAUUAUUUCAUUUAAAUAUUAAGGCUUCAGAUUUAUUUCCUACAGGAACCGUCAACUGCCCUGUACAAAACGAUAUGAUCAUUCCUUUUUUUACUUUAUUUUAAAAACAUACGACGUAUUUGAAUAUAUAAUAAUUACUUAGUAUAUUUAAGUAAUCUGGGAAAAAUUGAACAUAAACCAAUUGUUUGAAAUGUUUUCUAUGAUUAAUUUAGUAGUUAUUAUUACAAAGUAAAAUUAUCUUAGUAGUAGUAGUAGUUGACGGUUCCACGGAAUGCAAUUCGUAAAAAUGUAAAGUUACAUAAUGGGGAAAAAGGAAUUAUUUCAGUACCGUCCUUAUAAUCAGCCUAAAAGACGCAUCGAUUUAAUGUUUAUUUGGCUGUGAUAAACUUUAGGUUCUUGUGAUAUACAGUGUGUAAUUUUUUAUUUACUUUUUUAACGCAGAAAAUAUAGAUAAUAGUGAGUUGUUACCAAAAUAUAAAAUAGCAAUAAAAAGGGUUAUCCAUGAAGAAGGCAAAUAUGUACAUGUUAAUUGUUGGAUAAAUUUAUUAUGUUACAGAAUUGAUUUUUAUUCAUUGGGGAUACAUUAAACCGAAUUCCUUGCAAAAUAGUAGAUACAGGAGACUUUCAGUUACACGAAAACUCGUUUAUUUUAAAGCCGCCACUGCCGAAUAAGCCUUUCGUAAAAAAAAUCAAUUCUUUAACGCCUGUAAAAUGGAUAAUCUUCAAAGUACUCAAACAUAGUGGCAUUGACACAGUUCCUCUAGUCAGUUGCAGAAAUUGUUUAAAAGAAGUUAAGCCGCCCCUUGAACAAAACGGCAAUUAAUUAUAAAAUGGGCCAGACAUUUACAAAAAUAAAAAUAAUGAACCCCUCGUCCCCAUAAACCAUCCCAUUUCCUUCUCUCCGCACAUCGAAAUAUUACUUACUUAUAGCUAUUUAUUAAUAUAUUAAUAAUAUAUUAUAUAUAAUAUUGUCUUGUGCCAAAUCGAUGUACCUCAAAUAUAAAAUACAUAAGUGUGUAAAUAGAUGGUGUUAAAAAGGUCCAGUUAUGAUUAUUAUAUACACAAUGUAACAGGUGGGUAUUUACAUAAAAUGGAGGAAUACGAAUUCAACACAAAGAUAAAGAAAUCACUCACUAGGAUUUUAUAAUCAUAUUAAAUAUAGAGGGAACGACAGUUAAACUUGUAGUGUUCUCUGUGAUUAUUGUGUGUACUUAUAUUAAAUUUUAUAUAUUUGCAGCGCACUAAAAAUAAUAUGUAUAUGUAAAAUCCUGGUGGUCAGUUCAAAGAACCUUCCUGAUGCGUCAAACUGUUGUAAAUAAGACCACCUAUUAACAGAUUUUUUAAAUAGUCUAUUUAUUCCUUUAUUACUUACAUGUACAAAUACAAAUAAAUAUAAUAUAUAUUUUAUAUCAUAUACAAACAACUAUAGUGCUAUUAUUUUAACAGUCACUUGAUACUAACAAUAAACCGAUUAAUCUUGAUUGGACCUUAGCUCUACGUGUCUAGUUGUAAAUUAAAUGUUUAACAUCGAAUUCCAGUCCACGAAACAGAUAAUUAUGUAUUUUUUAUAUAUAUACAACUUAACGUCCACAUUACGCAUUGCUGUCUGCAGAUGAUUUUUUUGUAACACAAUUGGAAAUUAUAAUACGUGGAGAAGUCGUAGAAAUCAUUACGUGUAUUUUCCAAUAAGGGCAAUAAAAAUGAUUUAUACUGUUAGAAAUAAAUCAAUUAUAAAUUGAUUUGUUAAAAUUUUAUAAUUAUUAUUAAUUAUUUUUACUAAUACAUAACCAAAGGUACAUUAUUAAAAAAUAAUGAACAUAGUUAAUAUAAUUGCGAACUAUUUCACGUACUCUAAUAUCCAACAAACUGAUACAUGAUGCAUUGCUCGCUCAAUACAAUCACAAACUUGUACCUCGAAUCGCUUAUCUCAACCAUGAUGUUAAACAUUUACUGUAAUUUUAUUGAUAUUCAUAUACAUAAUAUACAUAAGUAUAUAUAUUUUUAAAAAUCCGAUUUGAGAUGCUUUAGGACAACUUUUAAACAAACAAUGACUAUGAAAAAAUUAUUUAUAUCUGUAAUCACUGUGCCUUUAAUAUUAUUUGAUUAUGGCGAAUUUACAUUAAUCAGUCCAGUGCAAUAGAACUAGUAAUUCUCUUAAAUAUUUUUCAAAACGUUUAUUUAGUUUGAUUUAAUUACUGCAGACAAAUUAUGAAUGCUUGAAAGCAAUAACACAUAAUUUUGAUCACUGCUGAAAAAAUGUUGUUCGCCAUCAAGCAAUACUAAACAUUGUCCUAAAGCAAAUGUAGUCCUUCCACUAAAUACCGAAAAGUUGGAGUCGGGGAUUGGAAAUUGCAACGAAGAGUAAGAACGAGUGAAAAGAAAUGUAAAUAAGAUAUUAAAAAAAAUAAAUGUUCCUAAUACGUGUGAAUAGUUUUAAGGGUAUUUUUAUUGUCGAUUUGUAAAUAGUUCUCACGAUACAUUCACAUGGUGAUGUUUGAUUUUAGACGAGAGUCGAAAAAUUUUAUUAAGAAAUGUAUGAAUACCAUAACAUAGGAGGGGCAUAGACUUAAAUCUAUAAAUAAAAAAUGGUAGAUGUCGUUUUCUUGGUGUUAUAUAAUAUUUAUAUGCUAAUUAUGUAUCUUAGUACGCAACAAAAUUAUUUAUUUGUUCUCCUCCGGCACUAUCUUAACUAAAUUCUUGUCAAAAUCAAUGCAAUAAGUUUUAUUUAUGACUUUUCCAAACAUAUUAUAUAAAUUAUUAUUUUAAAUUAAAAAUAUGUUUACAUAAUUAAAUUUAUUGACAAAAAUUUUAAAUUUAAUUGAAUGUUGACAUUUAAAAAUCUAAAAAUUGUAUUGUAAAUUAGUGUAAUUAUAUUAGCAUAUUAUAAUAAUUUAUUAUAAUAAAUAAUUAGUGUUUAUAAUUUAUUUUUAAGCUAACUCUUAUUGCAUUGAAAUGAUGCUAAACGACAGAGCCAGUUUAAUUUUGUAUAAAGCAGACAAUAAGUAAAUUAUUCACUAACAAUAAAUGUGUACAAUUUAAGUUUCCUUAUUCCAUCCAUUUAUAUACAUUAUAUUUAUCUAACUAAAAAACUACAUUGAAUUAGACACUACUUUAUUUCCUUUAUUUAGAAUCAAAAUUAUACUAUUCUAAUACACUAAAAUGUGAGAAUUUCCAAUUGAUUGGUUAAUUGAAUAAUUAAAUCGGAAUGAAGUUGCUCAGAUAACUAAGAAAAAUAUUAAAAUGGUGCUGCAAAUGUGAAAGAAAAUGUGAUAUAGAAAUGUUGAUUUGUAGGAUUUUAGAUAUUCAUAAUAGUAAUACAGAAUAAGAUUAUUAAUAUUUUUAAAUCUCUGUGUAAUGUGUUCUUACUAUCAAUAUUGUAGUAAGUUUAUAUAAAUGUAUUGAUAUUUUGAUGUUGAAUUAAAAACGAAAUUGUACUAUACACAUGAACAUGUGUAAAAUUACAUCAAAUACAUAUAUUCACAUUGUCA